AUCAUCUCUCCUCUCCUCAACUUUGGGAGCAGACAGCCGAGCCGGACCGAGCUGCCGUCCCCGCGAUCUCUUCUUCUUCUUCCUCUCCUUCCGCUCACUUUUCCCGCAGGCUCGCGAUGAUUUUGACUUUCUCUUCCCAUCGGACUCCCCGAUGUUGUGCAGUCUACUCCGCGAAGGCGUGAAUCUCUGUGAGUAGAGGUGGAUCUUCCCGGAUAUCAAAUCAAACAGAAGACUUUGACGGAAAUCCCCACCAAAUCAAAAUGCCGAGGAGGAAACAAGAAGCGCCGAAGCGCGCAGCAGCUUAUUCUCCCGAGGACCUGCCAGAGCCCGCUGUGGAGGAAGAGGAGGCAGAAGCAGAUGACCUGCCCUCAGCCCCCCAGGACGAACCUCCCAUGACGGAUGAGUUUGCGGAGCAGAGCGCCGGGCCCGCCAAGGAGCAGGCGUGCGACCAGGAAUCAGCCGGGGCCGCGGAGCUCUCCGGACAAGAGAUGGACAGCGAGUCACAUGUGAGCGAGACCAGUGACCGCCUCUCAGACUUUGAGAGCCCCUCCAGGAAAGCCGAGAGCGGUUUGGUCACCACGCCUCUGAACGGUGGCACUAAAACCCCUCCUAUAGGCAUGGACACCCUAGAACAAAUGAAGGCCAUCUACUCCAGCUUCCUGGGCAGCCCUCUGUGGUCCCCGCUGAACUUUAACUCCACACCGCCGCCGUCAUCGGCUUCUACAGAGAAGCCGACUCGCAGCAACAGCACCAGUAGCAGUAGCAGCUGCAGCAGCGGUAGCUACGACUGGCACCAGUCCGCUGUGGCAAAGACGCUUCAACAGCACCCUCCCCAGAGCCGCCACCCCGCUCAGUCUGAGCCCAGCCUCUUCAGUACAGUCCAGCUCCACAGACAGAACCCGAAGCUGUUCGGCUCUAUCUUCACUGGGGCCAGCAAGUUUCGCUGUAAGGGCUGUAGCGCCGCUUACGACACCCUCGUGGAGCUGACGGUUCACAUGAAUGACACAGGUCACUACCGCGAUGACAACCAGGACAGGGCGGGUGGCGGUGGGAAGCGCUGGUCUAAACCGCGGAAGCGCUCGCUGUUAGAGAUGGAGGGGAAGGAGGAUGCUCAGAAAGUUUUGAAGUGUAUGUACUGUGGCCACUCGUUUGAAUCCCUGCAGGAUCUCAGCGUCCACAUGAUCAAGACCAAACACUACCAGAAAGUGCCUCUGAAGGAGCCCAUGGCCCCUGUGGCAGCCAAAAUCAUGUCCUCAAAGAAAAGAGGACUCGUAGGGUUAGACCUUACAGCGUCUCCCCGUUCUAGAGAGGGCACCCCUAAAACUAAGCAUCCACCUACAGACUUGAGCGAACCCUCACAGAAACCCUCCUCCAGCCCCUACAGCACCCCCAAUAACCGCUAUGGACACCAGAACGGGGCCAGCUAUGCUUGGCAGUUCGAGUCCAACAAGUUCCAGAUCCUGAAGUGUAUGGAGUGUGGUAGCUCCCAUAACACACUGCAAGAGCUGAGAACCCACAUGAUGGUGACAGGACAUUUCCUGAGGGUGACUAGCUCUGUGGGAAAGAAAAUCAAAACACUUCCUGAAGCCACAUCCCCCAACCCCGGCCGAGUCGCCACCCCGACUGAACAGAGGGUUCAGUCAGUCCCACUUGCACCCUCCACUUUCUCUCCUCCACCUCUUCAGACUACCCCGACUCCCCCUGCUGCCAGCCCUCCCCUUAAAGAGAUCAAGAAAGAGGAGGUUGAAGAGGAGUGCACGAAGAAGGAGGCGGUUGGAAAUGAGAAGCAAACAGUAGGUAAAGAGGAGGAUGCAGAGAGGGAGGAAAAGUAUGACAUCUCCAUGUAUAACUAUCUGACUGAAGACGACUUGAAGGAGAGCCCCAAAGGGGGCUUCGACAUCCUCAAAUCUCUGGAAAACACUGUGACUUCAGCCAUCAACAAGGCGCAGAGUGGGAACCCAAGCUGGGGGGGCUACCCUAGCAUUCAUGCAGCCUACCAGUUCCCCAGUGCCCUCAAGCUCCAGCAGGGCGGCAUGGAAAAGAAUUCCCCAAUGAAGUUCAUGUUUAACGGAGGGGACGUAGCAUUAUCCUCCCUUCCAAAGAACCAGCCCAUUAUUUCCCCACCGCUCAGCCAGUCCUCCCCCUUCCCGAGCAACAACUUCCAGGCGAUGGAGGACCUGGUGAAAAAGGUGACAGAGAAAGUAGCAAAAGUAGAGCAAAGGGUGAAGCAGAUGUCUCCAAAGAUGGAGAACCAUCUCUCACCGUGUAGUAGUGAUGCUGGAGAGUCUCUGAAGGCAGGAGAGGCUGACUCACCUCGGGAAUGGAGGGCUGUCACCCCGGCCAAUAGCGACAAGGGUAGCGACAGAGCAUCCCCGGCAACAGAGCCCAAGAGAGAGGCGGCAGUCAAGUCUCCUCUGGCCUCCACGCUGAAAUGCAGCACUGCCAUCAUUACGGGCCAUACUCCUCCAGAGCAGCCCUUUGUCAACCCUCUAAGUGCUCUUCAGUCAGUAAUGAACAUUCAUUUGGGGAAAGCAGCCAAGCCUUCCUUGCCAAACCAAGAUCCCCUGAGCCUGCUCUCCAGACUCAGUCAGAGCAUGGCUGAGAGGGCUGCUGUGGCCGCCCCUCCCUCACAGACCAAAAAGCAGGAGACUGUGGUUGAUAAUAGUUUUUGCCAGCCCAGCGACGACCAGCCGAUGGACCUCACAAAAGGGAAAAGUGAUCGAGGAGGCUCCGUUGGCUCGGCUCCUCUCACUCCAUCAUCUGCGGCCUCCUCCAUCUCCCCUUCCUCCAUCAUUAUUCCCGCCAAGCUAGCAGUGGUCUCGCCCUACACAUCAAGCAGCCCGCUACAUGAAAAUGCUCUGUCAGACAUCUCAGACAUGCUUAGGAACCUGACACAGUCCCACCAUGUCCAAAAGCCUCCUUCAAGGUCCAGGGUCGCAGAUAAAGUGGAGAUCGUUGGCUCUGCUCAUGACGAUGACGACGCAUCCCUGCAUGGUCAUAAACGUAAAGGGCGCCACUCCAACUGGAACCCCCAGCACCUUCUCCUCCUGCAGGCCCAGUUUGCCUCCAGCUUGAGGCAAACAUCAGAGGGAAAAUAUAUCAUCCAUGACCUCAGCCCCCAGGAAAGGAUGCAUGUAUCCCGGUUCACAGGCCUCUCUAUGACCACCAUCAGCCACUGGCUGGCCAACGUCAAGUACCAGCUAAGAAGGACUGGCAGGACGAAGUUCCUCAAAAACCUUGACUCUGGUCAGCCCAUAUUCUUCUGUAGCGACUGUGCCUCACAGAUCCGAACCCCGGCGGCGUACGUAUGCCACCUGGAAGCCCACCUGGGAUUCAGAAUCAGAGACCUGGCCAAGCUGUCCCCCAAACAGACUGUCAGAGACUCCCAGACUCUCACAGAGAAACUUGUGCCCCAGGACUCCUUCCUUUCUGAACAAUCGCAAGAGGACUGCAGCAGUAACGGGGCGGUGUACCGCUGCCAGCUCUGUGUCCGUAAAUUCGCCACUAAGCACGCCAUCAAGCUUCACCUCAGCAAGAGCCAUGGGAAGUCUCCGGAGGACCAUCUGCUGUACGUGUGCGAACUGGAGAAACAUUAAAUCGCUCUCAGCAGACGACGAACUGGAAAACACGUGUAAGAACGGCUGUCCGAAACAAAAAAUGAGAAGAGAAUAUCUGAAGGUGUGGCUGUGCAUAAAGAUGCCAUGAACUACUGUUAAAAUGUCAGCACAAGGUGUUUACAUCCAUCAGGCCUGAACCAUUUCUGGUUUCUCUGUAUUUCAAAAGUCAAAACUUCCUCUAAGUCAAAGAAAUUUGGCCCAACUUUGUCGCCAAAAAAAAAAAAAAAGUGGUUUUAUCCUGAUCAGUGAAUCUCCUGACAAAAAGGUUGGCUUAUAACUUGAAAUGUAUUAACUUUAUUGUAUUUAUUUUGUAUUUUUGUGAGUUUGGAUUUGAUUUGCUGAUAGACUGCAUGUUUUACUGUUACAUUUGUACAGUUCAGCCCAGGUUUUUAAAUGCCCUCUCAAACUGGUCCUUUCUGAACAUCCUCAAACAGCCCCAAAGCCCAGGAGAGCUCUUUCCAGAAUCUGCCGCACAGCAGACGUUCAUGGUUCGUUUUCAUGUUUGUGUCUGUACGGCUUCAUGGUUUUCUCGCUGAUUGUAAAAGCUGCCUUGUUCUUGAUCUUUGAGUAAGGGGCGUUAAAAAUCCAGGUCUGUGUAAAAAUGUAAAUAUAGUGUAUAAGCUUACAACUCGCUGUUUAAAUUAUGCAUACUUGUUAUAUUUCCUAAUUUAAGAGGACUAUGACUAUCCACUGGUGCAGAGCCUUUGAAGAAGAUUAAAAGGACAUUGUUUUGCACAAUAGUUUUAUAAAUGUCAUUUGAUAAAGAAAAAUCAAUACGAAUAUGUUAAUGCCUUGUGCUUCUAUGAUUAAAACUGAAUUAA